CGAGAGCAGCUCAAAGAGCAGGAGUAUGCCAAGACAAUCACCAGAGCAGUAAUGUCUUCAACCCACGUCACGUUCGGGGCGGGACUUACCGUCAGCAAGAUCUCCACCGGCUUCGAGACAUGCAGCAUCCUCAUAAAGAGCCUACCCCCGGAGGCCACAGAGAAAACAGUGGAAACCAUGCUCUGCGAGCGUGGCUUGGAUCCACGCCACUUCCAGGUCCUCUGGGUCCGUUCAGACGAGGUUGGGCGACACCAAAGCGCUCGAGUGAUUUGCUCCAAGAUGGCCGGUGCGAUGGAAGCUGUGAAAUGCUUCAAUAUAGUGAAGGCAGAGCUCAGUACUGUCAAGACCUCGCGUCCGGAGAUGAACCCAUCAGCUCAAGACUGCGAGGUCUUGACAUUGUCCUGGCCAGAACCGAAUGCUGGAGCAUUAGUAUAUUACACCACCGAGGAGGAAGCCAGAAGGAAAGUCGGUGAGCUGAAUGGAACCCUGUGCCGUGGGAGGAAGGUCUGCGUUGCGAACGCAGCCGACCAACGAGUUGCCGGGAGGACGCUGAAGAACUUUGUACCUUCCGCAGUCACGAUAAACGGAUUACCGGUGGACAUCACGGUGGAGGCCAUACAAGCAUUCGCCGGAGGCUUCAGCGUGCGGAUGUUGAAAGGCAGAGGAUAUUCAUUGGACCAUACGCACGAGUUCUUGCACAGCACCAUGGAAAGGCUCGGAGGCCUCCAGCAAUACAGCAUCGUGAAGACUGGGGGACCAGAUGGGACAGUGCAAGUGAAAGCAAGAUUUCAGGCACGAGCUCAAGCCAAAGAGGCUUAUGACCAUUUUACUCGAGAUCCAAAACCGCAAUGUAUAGGGGGUGCCAAAUUGCGGGCCUCUUUACCAAUCCAAUAUUCUUACUCGCUGUACAUACCACGCCAGCAGUAUGUCGCCCAGCAAAGCCUUCUCGACGGACUUGCCACCGAGUAUACGAACACCGCAGCGGCGAAACUAGCUAUCCACCAUCAUGCUCCCGACAAGCCCGUCCGAUUAUCGAUUAUGGGUGACGAGCCCAAAGCUACCGGCACUCUGAAGGUGCGGCUCGAACGAAUCUCCGAGGGGAAUCGAUGCGACUUGUGGGACGCGACCUUUGCUUCACCAAAAGGGUUUGCGUCAUUGUUAGCCCAACUGAAGGACAUUCCCGUCUACGUCCGCCCGGAUAACCGUCUUCGGAUCUUGAGGAUAUUCGGGACUCCGGUAGCCACGGCAGCAGCUCGUACCAAGAUCGAAGCAGAGGUCCACCGUCUAGCCUCCCUGGACUACACCGUCCACCUAAAGAAACAUUCCGUGGGAUUCUUCGUUCGUGAGGGUUUAGCAUCGCUGAAGGAGUUGGUUGGCGAGAACAAUGUCAAGCUGAACGUCACAGCUUCACCAGCAACCAUUGUCAUACGCGGUGGCGACGAUGCACGUCAUGCUCUGCGCAGGCUGAUAAAUCAGUCUCUUGGGAACGGACAACCCGAGAGUUCCUCUCAGCAGCAGUGUCCCAUUUGCUUCGACGCAGUCUCAAAUCCUUUCGCGUUAGCAUGUGGCCACGCAUACUGCUCCGGGUGUCUGCGACACUUCCUGUCCACAGCAGGGGGUAUCAAACAGUUCCCUCUACAGUGCUUGGGGGACGAAGGUCAAUGCAAAGAAAUGAUUUCCAUCCCGACAGUGGAACAGUUCUUGCGUCCGGCCGAACUUGACACCCUUCUCGAAGCAGUCUUCCAAACGUACUUGGACCAGCAUCCCGACGAGUUCAGAUACUGUACUACUCCAGAUUGCUCGCAGAUAUACCGCCUAGCCACGUCGGGGACCCAGCCAAUGGCCCUCCAAUGCCCGUCGUGCUUGACAUCCGUGUGCACUGCCGGGCACGAGGACCAUCCAGGACAAACUUGCGAGGAAUGGAAGCUGCAUCGUGAUCCAGCAGAGCAAGAAAGGCUGUUGAAUGCAUGGGCUGAAACACAAGGCGCUAAGUCGUGCCCAUCGUGCAAGACAAUCAUCGAGAAGAACGGAGGGUGCAACCACAUUUACUGCCGCUGCGGCGUUCACAUAUGCUGGAAAUGCAUGGGUACUUUUCCUGACGGUGAAAUAUACACUCACCUGAAUGCCGUGCACGGCGGCCACACUGACUUCGUCUAA